UGGCGACCGGCCUCUGCCUUGCCCCGGGUGAGGCCCGACACUGACUCUGCUAUGGCCGUCUCCUCCAACCAUGUCAUUCAUGCCGUCGCCAAACACUUGAAAUAUUAUAUUGACAUACAACGGAAAGAAGAUGGCUUUAACCUCUCUGGAAUUGAUGCACCUCACACGCACAACCCUAAUUGUAAACCUCUGCCAAUAGUGGGUAUUGAAAAAGUCCAUGACAGAAGCCUUAAACAUUAUUUCAGUGAUCCUAAUUUUAAAACAAUUCUUCAAAUGAGCUAUGGAAGAACAAUUGAAAAUCAGAAAAGAAAAUUACAAUUAAAUCACAAAAGGGAAAUCAAUGUGCAGAGAAUGAUCAGGAAAAAAAUGUCCAAACUGGAUUUUUCAAAUUUUGGACCUCAGAAUGCAUUCAAUCUGGAAAGGCUGAAAAUUGAAAAAAGGGAACGGGUUCACCUUUACCCUAAAGUUUUCCAUCAAGUUCCACCCCCUCGCAUCACAAGAAGUGAAGUCAUUCGGCUCAUCACCUCAGCGUCUAAACUUAUUGUUGCUACUGAAAUAAUACCUCAAAAUCCAUACAAAAAACACAGUUCAAAGAGAACAAUGAAACCAGACAUUCUGAAGCGAAGUGGAAAAGGGCCAAAGUGGACAGAAUAUGAAGUUUCUGUUUGUACAGGAAACUGCCUUAGGUUGGGUUCAAAGGCAGACAUUUGUAUUAGCUUCUAUGGAGAAAAGGACCAGGUGAAAGAUAUAAUGUUGUGCAACUCAUUUACCAAUCCUAUUCCUUUUCAAAACAACCAGAUCGAUGUUUUCUUGCUGGAAACUCAGGAUGUUGGAAAAUUCAAAUACAUCAAAAUAAGAUAUGAUGGCAAUGAAGCUGGUUCUGGAUGGUACUUAAAGGAUAUUGUUAUAAAGAAGUGCUCGAAUGCAGCGUCAGUGUGUAUGUUCCACUGUAACACAUGGUUUGCAUCACAAGCCUGUGGUAACCAUUCUUCCCAGAAGUUUCUGCCUGUUCUUGGUGCAGAUCUAGGGGAUGGUAAAAGUUCCCACAAGAGCUGGGAGUCAUUAACACAGAAAGGGGAUUGUGCAGUGGGCAUGGGCUCAGAACAGUUGAACAUCGAAUUGAGCAGAAUCAACAUGCUUAAAGAAGAAGAUGAUUUCUCCUUUUUCAUUUUUAUGAAAAAGAAAAAAGGUCAAAAUGGAAAAAGCAAACAAAGAAUUGAAAGUGUCAGAGUUGUUGGUAAAGAUGCACGUGGAUCACAAACUGGUUCCUUGAGAUCAACAAAGAGACCACCUGAUAAAGGGAUGUAUCAAACCCCAGUCCCCAUCAACAGCAGCACGAGCUCAACAGAUAAUUCAGAUCAACGGCCAUCAUUCAGCAUCAUGCAGACACCAUUACAAUGUGAGACCCAGCUCGAGUUCUGUUCACCUCAAGUUCAGAAAUAUUCAUCAGAGAGACAGCCAACAUCCCGGACCCCCCUUAAAAAGAAAGAUAUUGUCAAAGAGGUAAUUGGUGGCGAAAAUGGGAGCCAAAUCAACGGUGAUGUCCAUGAAAGAAUAUCCCAUAUCUGUUUAGAUGAGACCAAAGUAACUGAGAAAACCGCUGAGUUUCCUUGUACUGUGAAGCCACUGACCAAUGAAGAAUGCUCUGGUGAGGACCGUUAUUAUUGUGCAGACAUCGAUCAGUUGCUUCCAAAAGGUUUCAUGGAGGAUGUGGUACCAUCAGAUAUGUUUGGUAGCAAAUCAGAAAAGGAAUGGAGCGACAGAGACAAGAGUCCAAAGUGUUUAUCGGAGGCACCACAUUUUGUUCAUGACAUUGAAUGUAAACCACAGGCAGAAGCAGCACCAGAUCCACCUCAAAACAUUGCUGCUGACAAUCAUAAAGAUGAUGUUGACAAUAACUCAGCAAAGAUGACGUGGGACUCCACUGAUGGAAAAGCUACAAAUGUGGAAAACUGGGGCAAGAGCCAUUUGCAGGAAGGAACCGUGGCCACAGAGGUAACUAUGGGCCUUAUGUCAUCAGCAACUAAUAACCAUAAAAGCUUACACACUGUAACAGGUUCUGACAGUAACUCCAGACGUGGAGUAGAAGAGCAAGAUCAUAUUGGAGUUUUAAAACAUGCUGAUGAAGCUCCAGUUAAAGAACAGGCGCGAUCAGAAGUUGCAAACUCUGCUAGUUCACUGAAAGAAGGAAAGUCAGCCACUGAGCCCAUUGAGAUGGAGCAGCAGUGUGCCACGUGUGAUACGAACGGGAAUAAAGUCAUGGAUGAAAAAACUUGUUAUUCUGCCAAGCAAAAUGGAACAAAUGUAGACUGUAUUAAAAUACAUGAUCUCAACCUCUGUGACGUUUUUGAAAAUGCCGUCCAAACCAUUAAGAAUGGAGAUGAGCACAAGUUAGAGAACCUGUGUCAACGUUACUGUGGCCUACCUGCCCACACUGAUGAUGCUGGGAGAUCUCUCUUGCACAUUGCUGCCAUCUAUGGGAAUGCUGAAAUCUGUCAGGUCUUAUUACAAAAUUGUGAAGUGCAGAAACUAUUAAAUAGCCAGGACAGAGAAGGACGAACGGCAUUACAUUAUGGAAUUGUCCACAACAACAGGAGGAUGAAGCGACUGCUUCUAUGCAAUGGAGCCCUGCCUGAUAUUCCUGACAAUUACUCACAAACUGCUCUGGAUCUGGCUCUGAACAUGAUUAACGCAUGAGAAAUUGGCAGUGAUUGAUGCUCUGAUUGCUGUCGGCAGCAGAUCUCUACGGUCUCCACAAACGGCCACUUUUCCAAGGGUUAGCUCCUCAUUGCAACAAGGAAAUCCUCACUCAGUUACUCUAAUCAAGUUCUCCAAUACCAGUUGGAACUUUCUUCUUGUGAUACUGCGUGCUUUCCUGCAGUAAUAUCCAUGCACAAACCUUAAGUAUUGUUCUUAUGUUGUAUGUGCCACAAUAGAUUAUUUGUCGUGUUGGUCAUGAUUAGCCAAAUGAUCCACAGUUGAAAGCAGAUGAUACAAAGCUGUAGCAAGGUUUAAGAAGGAACUGCAGAUGCUGGAAAAAUCAAAGGUAGACAAAAAUGCUUGAGAAACUCAGCGGGUCAGGCAGCAUCUAUGGAGCAGAAGUCUGAAGAAGGGUCUCGACCCGAAACGUCACCUAUUCCUUUGCUCCAUAUGUUGCCUCACCCGCUGAGUUUCUCCAGCAUUUUUGUCUACAAAGCUGUGGCAAAGUGAUUUUCCAAGAGGUUUUUUAGAGAUUGUGAAUUUAACAGUUCAAUGAUAAUUUUUUGUCACAUGCACCUAGGUAGAGUGAAACUUUUUUGCAGUUUAGUGACAUGGUGGGCCGAAGGGCACGUUCCCAUGCUGUACAACUCUGUUUCUAAAUAUAAUUAUAUUAUUGACCACCAUAGGUUAAUCUUGUACUGAAAAUCUUAAUUCUUCAUCACCAGCACCAAAUGACAAUAGACAAUAGGUGCAGGAGUAGGCUAUUUGGCCCUUCGAGCCAGCACCGCCAUUCAAUAUGAUCAUGGCUGAUCAUCCCCAAUCAGUAGCACAUCCAAACCCUUAAUAAUCUUAUAUGUUUCAAUAGGAUCCCCUCUCAUCCUUCUAAAUUCCAGAGUGUACAAGCCCAGCCGCUCCAUUCUGUCAACAUAUGACAGUCCCGCCAUCCCGGGAAUUAACGUUGUGAUGGUUGUGAAAAUGUUAAGUUCCAAUUAUCAAUAUUACUAAAAGUCUGAUCUGACCACUUCCUGUUGUUCUAUAUAUUGAUUUUAGAAAAAAUGCUGCCACUUACAACUGUGAUUUUUGGCCAUCUUACUCAGAGUCCCCCUCCGCUGUGCAGGACAAGAGGAUUUUUCCCAUCGAUGAAAAAUAAAGGAAUUAUUAGUGUCUAAAAAAUGUUGAGAUUCUCUCUCUUGAAGGUCACACCCCCUCCGGAGGGACUAUAAAACCCAGAAGUGUUGAGUGCCUCAGUCAGUCUCUGCAAGAUGGAGGAGCGAGAGGGUCACGUCUUUCAUUCUGAGCUGUGAAUAACACUGAACACAUGUCUACUAAACUGUGAGUGGUUUUACUGACCUGUCGGUGCCCUUAAUGUGGUUUGAAAAUAUAGUUUGGAAAUACUAAAGCUGUGUUGCCUUUGGUUUGGAAAUGGUAAAUCUGUGUUGCCUUUGAUUCAGAUUUAACUUUAUUGUCAUUGUGCAGUGCACAGUACAGACAACGAAAUGCAGUUAGCAUCUCCCUAGAAGAGCGACAUAGAAUAUGAGCAAUAAAUAAAUAUAUUUACGCUUGGUUUGGAAAUGCUAAAGCUGUGUUGCCUUUGGUUUGGAAAUGCUAAAGUUGCCUUGCCUAAUUAAAGUUGCCUUGCCUAUUUAAAAUUGCCUUGCCUAAUUAAAGUUGCCGUGCCUAAUUAAAGUUGCCUUGCCUAAUUAAAGUUGCCGUGCCUAAUUAAAGUUGACUUGCCUUCUAUAUAAUUAAGAGUCUAAUCUUGACCACUUCCUGUUUGCUUUAUAUUGAUUUUAGAAAAAACGCUACAACGUAUGGCUGUGAUUUUUGGCCAUCUUACUCGGAUUCCCCUUCCGCUCAUCAGGUGUCGAGGACUUUCCCCAUAGAUGAAAAAUAAGAGUUAUUAGCGUUUAAAAAUGUUUAUAUUCUCUCUCUCCUGUUAAUCACACCAUAAAGGCCACACCCCUUCUGGUGGGAUGGGGGAGGGACUAUAAAACCCAGAAGUGUGGGUGUGGCUCAGUCUCUGCAAGAUGGAGGAGGGAGAGGUCAUGACCCGCUGUCUUUAAUGGUCUUGCACCCUGCUUGAAAUGGUAUGAAACUGCACUUGAAUUUGGUCGCCUUGCACCCUGCUUGAAAUUGAAUUUCAAGGAAGAGCCGUGAGUCAACUGCCAGCCCACCAGCCGUGAGCUGCCAGCACAACAGGCUUGAGUGACUGAGCCGCCAGCCCAAGUAUCCAUUCGGCCCACAAUGUCCAUACUAGCCCUCUGGAAACCAGUCCCUUCAGCCUACAACACCUAUACUACUGCUCCAGAAAGCCCCCCCACCAAUAUUGGAAUUGGUGGAGAGGUGGAAUAUUGCGUUGGGGGACCUGCCUACAAGUUUGAUGCUGGGACUCAACGGGUCCCAAUUAGUCUAGAGCCUUACAAAAUUUUGUUCUGUUGACAUCAAAUUGAAGGAUGAUAACCAUCACACCUGUGUAUAAGAUAUUUUGUGGUGUUGGAUUAUCAAAACGUUAAGUAAUUCUUUAAAAAUCUUUUUGUGCUCUAAAGUCAGAACUGAGCUAAUUUGCCUCUUGCUUCCACAAUCAUUUACUGAUAAUUGACCUACAAAUGCUUUCAGGGACAGUUUAUGCAAUCACUUGUUGUAGACAUCCAAUGUUAAAGGCAAGUUUAUUUCACCUAAUCUAAAUGAACUGUAAACAAAAGGACAGCAGACAUUAAAAAUAAGAAUGAUAGUUUAUUAAAGAAAACAUAAAUUCAGUUUUCUGGAGUAAAUCUAAUAUUGUAAGUAAAUAAUAUUCAAUACAUAAUCAAGUUUUCAUUUUUAAAAAACCUACAAGAAAACAUGUACGUAAUACUUUCAUCUUUAAAGAAAUAUAUCAUAUUAAUUAAAAUGUUUACUCUAGAUUUAGUAUAAAAAUGUAGUGAUUACAACACUAACUUGUGAGCCAAGUUAUCCAUUCUAUUGCAAUAUGUUCUCACACAACACACCUAAUCUAGCCCAUGCAGCAGCUGGAUACUGUUGGGAAAUUCCUGCAGAAAAGCCUCUAUUAUGGGCAGUCAUCUAAUUGUAAUCCUCUGGGGAUGGCAGAAUCACAACAUAUUCAAUGCAGAUUUACAGCACAGCCUCGGUUUAUGAUAGUAUUCCCUGGGCCACAUCAAAUAUUGACCAUGUUAGUACUGUGUUCUUUUACAGCAAUGAAGUACAAUUGUUUUGUGAAUGUCGACUUGUAUCACUUCCAGUUUUACUCAUUGCAGUGGAUAGGAAUUCUGCUGAUUGGACAGCGGUGGUCUCAAUCUGCUCAACAAUAUCACAAUAACAAGUAUUUUCCUUUCUCUUGAUUUUUCUUUCAAUUUGUCUUGAAGUCUGAAGGAAGUGUGUUUUUGAAAUGAGGUUGAUUAUUAUCAGGAGGAUUCUUACAGCUUAUGUCAAUGGGUAGGACCUUGCAUCCUUUGUCUCAUUGCAUUUCUGCCCCAUAACUCGAUUGGUACAGUUUACACCAGCAUGGUGAUUACAUUAGUACAGCUGGGACUUGGAAUAGUGAGACCAACAUCCCAACUAUGGAAUAGAAAUAGCAAACAUUGCGUAACUCACAGGCUCCCCAGUUUUCAACUACUCAUUUUCAUGACAGUACAGAAAAUCUUUCUCUAGAAAUUGGGUUAAGUAUUUUAACAUGUAAUGACAUAUCAGAAUAACAUGAAGCCUUUAAUCUGAUGGUAUAUGAAUUAGAGAGGAUUAUUGGCACGGUUUGAACAAGCUCUAUCAGAUCUGUGGCAGGUUUAACACAUAAUGCGAAAAGCGAGAAUGAGCUGUCAAUUGUCCAAAGUUUAUGAUGGAGAGGUGCAAAUUCACCCUGGAUGUCUCCCUGGAUUUGCCGAACUGUACUGUAGUGUACAGUAUAAUACUGGUGUAAUAUACUGUAGUGUACAGUACACUAAUACUGGUGGGUGGGGUUUAUUACCAAUCUUACUAGCAAGAUCCAUCCCAAUGUUUCACCAUCAAAUCUCCCAUGGUAAUGAUUUCUGAGAGAUAAAGAAAAAAUAAUUUAAUAAUAGACAUUAUUAACCAGCAGGUGAGGGCAUGUGCUAAAAGGUUAACCCUUUGCAGGAACUGCAGGACACAACAAUACACAAGCAUAUGACUGUAUAUUUUGUAAUUACAUUGAUAUUCUACAUUUUAUAGCCAUGAAACAACAACAAAGGUAACCUCAACCAAACAUCUCAUUUGCAAAACAGGCUUUAUGUGUUAAGUUCCAGCAGAUAAUUGGGUAAACCACCAUAGAAAUUAAAACCAUGAAGUGGAAUUUUAGAAAUCUAAGGCUGUUUGAGUGAAGCGUUCCAGUCACAACUGUUGACCAAAUCAUAUCAGCUCCGCUCACUAAACAGCAGCUUUAGAUGGUGAUUAUAUAAAGGAAUGGAGACGCAAAUCAGUGCAAUAGAAGCUACCGACAAUCAGAGCAGGUGACUGUAGUCCACAUUUGUUUCUGAGGAAACUAGAUUUUCCUUGUGGAGCAGUCUCAAGCCAUAUUUCAGAAAUUGUAAAAUCCUCAACACAAAAAUUAUCUCCUUUAUCAAUUGAUCUAUCAGAAAUGUUUUUGAAACAAGGUAAUGAAGUGUAUGGGUGGUGUUUGUAGUGUAUGUAAUAUUUGAACAGUACUGAUUGCUUCACAGUGUUAAAUUGUUAAAGAAAACGCACAUAAAUAAAUAACACUAUUUUCUAGUAGUCUAUGCAACCCUCUAUAGGAAGUACAGAGGGAAAUAAAUGAUAAACAAAUGCUAUGUUUUACAAAUGAGUACACAAUAAAUCAAUACAUACAGUUACCCAGAGAUUUUCAGCAAAUAUGGAUUUUAAUAUGGCAAAGGUACAAUUUUAAGUAUUAGGAAGAAAAAUGCCCCAAGAACAUUUUUGAAAUACUGAUAACUUUAUCAGCAACAAAAUUGUCAAGAAAA